UCUAUCAAACGAAAUCAAAAUGGAGUAACUUUUAGAAUUUAAUAUACUUCACGAUACAAUAAGAGAAAACUAAAUUUUUGUGGUUGUAAAUCUUCGAUUUAGUUUGAAUAAACGCGUGAAAAGGUUAAAAUUGCGGUAAUUAGGCGUAUAUGACGGUAGCUUGUGUUUACGUGAAAGGCGCAAAUAUUUCAAUUCAGCGCUGAUUCGUAACCCGUAUUUAAGACGUUCUGUGGUUGACUCUAAGACAAAAACUGUUAAAUUCGAAAGGCACCGGUCGGAUACACGCCAACGAUACAACAAUUAGUGAUUUUACACUGGAGCAGUAAAAAAUAAAAUUCGAACAACUGGCUCGUCCAACUAUUCCGAAAAUGGAGACCGAAGGUGGCGGCGUUGAUAAUCGUCCGCCAAUUGACGACGAUAACUUACCUGUUGAAGCCAUGGACACACAAGAAGCUGACCAAACUGUGAACGCAAUAUACUCAAUCGAAGAAAUUGCGCCGAAUGAGGAUACAGCCAUGGUACUAGCAUCAAACGAGAAUGUCGUUUUGCUAUCGAAUGCACAGCAAACUACCCCGAUCAUUGGCGAAGUGGACAGCACAACUGGUCCGAUAAUCAGCCCACCACAAGCACAGCAUUUGUUACAGCAUCACCAGCAGCCCAUACCACCGACAACCAUAGCUUCUGCCCGAGCAACGACGACCACACCGGCCAUCAUCGAUGCCACCAUGGACGAAGAGGAAACGCGUGCGGAAGCUACAUUCAAAUAUACCGUGGAGAAUUUCAGCAAACUCAAAGAGUCCGUUCUCUCACCGCCAUGCUUUGUCCGGAAUUUGCCAUGGAAGAUUAUGGUGAUGCCAAGGAUGGCUAUGGGAAACGAUCGCAGUGAAAAUCGAUCGCUCGGUUUUUUCCUACAAUGUAAUGGUGAAAGUGAUUCGUCGUCGUGGUCGUGUAAGGCGAUGGCCGAACUGAGACUACUGUCUUUCAAACUGGACCAAGAUCCGUUCGUCCGGAAGAUCAACCAUUUGUUUUACAGUAAAGAAAACGAUUGGGGCUUCUCGCACUUCAUUUCAUGGAACGAGAUUGUCGAUCCGGACAAGGGCUACAUACAAGAUGACUGUGUUGUAUUAGAGGUGCAUGUUGUGGCUGAAGCUCCACAUGGCGUGUUUUGGGACUCAAAGAAACAUACCGGCUACGUGGGAUUGAAGAAUCAGGGCGCAACGUGUUACAUGAAUUCGUUACUCCAAACGAUGUACUUCACGAAUCAAUUACGGAAGGCCGUCUAUAAAAUGCCAACAGAGGCAGACGACAGCAGCAAAUCGGUUGCAUUGGCACUGCAACGAGUCUUUCACGAUUUGCAAUUCUUAGAUAAACCGGUCGGCACCAAGAAGCUCACCAAAAGUUUCGGAUGGGAGGCGUUGGAUUCGUUUAUGCAACACGAUGUGCAGGAGUUCUUGAGAGUCUUGCUCGACAAGCUAGAGAGUAAGAUGAAACGGACUUGUGUCGAGGGUACGGUGCCUAGUUUAUUCGAGGGGAAAAUGUCCUCGUACAUCAAAUGCAAGAACGUUGACUACAAGAGUAAUCGUCUGGAGACAUUUUACGACAUUCAGCUAAAUAUUAAAGGAAAGAAAAAUAUUGCCGAAUCGUUUAAAGACUAUAUCGCAACCGAAACGCUUGAAGGUGAGAACAAGUACGACGCAGGUGUUCACGGUCUACAAGAAGCCGAAAAGGGUGUGAUUUUUGUGUCAUUUCCGCCGAUACUCCAUCUUCACCUGAUGCGUUUCCAAUACGACUCCGUCACCGACAAUUCCGUGAAGUUUAACGACCGCUUCGAAUUCUACGAACACAUUCAGCUGGACGACUAUCUGCAGAAAAAGGAGAAGGAGCCAGCUAAUUACACCCUGCACGCCGUACUCGUUCAUUCGGGCGACAAUCACGGCGGUCACUAUGUGGUAUACAUAAACCCGCUAGGCGAUGGCAAGUGGUGCAAGUUCGAUGAUGACGUUGUGUCGAGGUGCACAAAAGCGGAGGCAAUCGAGCACAAUUACGGUGGUGUCGACGAUGACUUGAGUUUGAAUGCCAAACAUUGCAGCAACGCGUACAUGUUGGUGUAUAUCAGAGACUCGGCUCUGCCGACUGUAUUACAAGAAAUUAAGGAAUCCGAAAUACCGACCGAACUCAUUGAACGGUUGGCCGAAGAGCGACGAAUGGAACAGGUGCGACGACGGGAACGAGCGGAAGCUAACACAUAUAUGACAGUGAACGUUUUACUAGAGGACUAUUUCGAAGGGAUCCAAACGACGGAUUUGUUCGAUUUGGAAAAGAACAAUUGGCCGACGUUCAAGAUGAAGAAGACCCAGCCGAUUUUGGAGCUUGUGCAAACAUUUGUUGAUGCAUUUCGAACACCGGCCGGCAAAAUGCGUUUGUGGCCGCUGAGUCAGCGUAACAAUCAGAUCACCCGACCGACACUGUUCGACUAUAAGGAAGACGUUUCGAAGAAUUUAAUCAAUUGCGCUGACAUGCAGAAUCCUUGGACGAUAUUUUUGGAAUUAUUGCCGCCCGAUUCGCCGCUACAGCAGAUGCCACCAUUCGACAAAGAUCGUGAUAUUUUACUGUUUUUCAAAUUCUACGAUCCAACAAAUAAGCGGCUGAACUACUGUGGCUUAGGAUACUAUAAUCUUAGUCGGAAGGUGUCCGAUUUAAUACCGGAAAUGAAUCACCGCAGCGGUAAUCCACCCGACACAGAAUUAACAUUGUAUAAGGAACAGGGCGUAAAUGUUGUGCAGAAAAUCAAUAACCACAACGACACCCUUGAGAAUGUAUUGAAGGAAAUUCGUCACAUCACCGACGGUGAUGUCAUUAUUUUUGAGAAAAAAUAUCGCGACGAAACGCUUGAAUUGCCUACAUGUGAUGACUAUUUUAGGGAUUUAUUGUAUCGAAUCGAAGUAACGUUCGUCGACAAAACGAACCCAAAUGAUGUGGGUUUCUCAUUGGAAUUGUCGCAACGCAUGACAUACGAUCAAAUGGCAUCGGCUGUUGGUCAGAAGAUCAACGUCAAUCCAUACGAAAUACAGUUUUUUAAGUGUCAGAAUUACAAAGAUAUACCAGGCCAUGCAUUGCGUUGCUCGUACGACGGUAGUCUUAAGGAUUUGCUAGUUUACAACAAAUUAAAAUCGGCGAAGAAAAUCUUCUACCAGCGACUUUCCAUGAACAUCACAGAAUUGGAAAGUAAAAAACAAUUCAAGUGCUUAUGGCUCUCAAUUAAUAUGAAAGAAGAGAAAGAAUUGAUUCUGUAUCCGAACAAAAACGGUACGGUCAAAACGUUACUAGAGGAAGCAGCCAAGCAAAUCGAAUUGAAUCCAGAAGAAGGAUCCGGUCAACUACGUAUUUUGGAAGUGUCUUCACAUAAGUUAAUGCCUGGACCACGCGAAGACGAUUCACUGGAAUAUCUUCAAUCGCCUGGCGAAUCGAACAUGACGAAUCAAAAAACGUAUCGCAUUGAGGAGAUACCACGCGACGAAAUCAACCUAUCUGAAGACGAACUUCUUAUUCCAGUGUCACAUUUCUACAAAGAUGUUUUUAGUGCGUUUGGCAUUCCAUUCUAUAUUAAAAUAAAACAGGGUGAACAAUUUGCAGCUGUCAAAGAUCGUCUACAGAAGAAAUUGGGUGUGUCGGAUAAGGAAUGGGAAAAGUAUAAAUUCGCUUUGAUCUCGAUGGGUCGCGCUGAUUAUAUAACUGACGACUGUGUGAUCAAUUUGGCCGACUUUAAACAAUCACCCAACCAAACCGCUUCAUCGACACGAUCAUUUUUAGGAUUGGAACAUCUUAACAAAACACAGAAACGAUCCAGAUUUAGCUACCUGGAAAAAGCUAUAAAAAUCUACAAUUGAUUUCAGCAAAUUUGUAAUUGUAAAAUUUUUAUCUAAAAACAAAAAAAAACAAAACAGAAAGAAAAUGAAAAGAAAAACCAGAAAAAAGAUAAUGACAACCGAAAGUGAAGUUAAUAAUUACACACAAUAGAUGGCAAAUAUUGGAGUGACAUCUUUUCGCCGAAAAUUUUUAUGAAUUAUUUUGAUAAGAAUUUUAUUUCUCCUGCUACAUUUUAGGAUACUGUAACAUGUGGUGUAUUGUACAUCAUUCUACGUAUACAACAACAGGAUACUAAAUUUCUUUUUUAAAACAAAAUUUCUUUUUAUCAAGUUUCCAAACCAAUUUUUAAUUGUUAAUUUUUCGGCACUAUAAAUCGGAAAAUUUGAUAAAAGAAAAA